AUGGCUAAAAGAAAGGCCAGUCCUGAAAAGAAGACCCCCGUAAAAAGAAGGAGGGUCACUGAGCAGGCUGCUCCUUCCACCAGCUCAGAUACACAUCAGGUCAAAGCAGUGAAGCGUAAGGCCCAGCAAGAUGGAGCGGGCACAACCAGUCCACCAAAGAAGAUUAAACUUGCUGAGCCUACGAGUGGAGACAGGGAGCAAGCGUCUUCCUCCGUGGACGCUGGUAAAGUCAAAACACAAAGGGGUGCACAAAAAAUGGCAGAAGACAAGUCUGCGGGAGACAGCAAAGAGUCACCCAAGAAAAAGAAAAAGGACAAAACCAAAAACGUCGUCCAAAAUUCAGCAGCCGACCAGCAACGGGAAUACCAAGCCAGAUAUGUGAGGAGCACCUGCUGGAGAAGGCAGGCUUGGAGCAGUGUUUGCUGGCUACAGGAUACAGAUCAUUUCCCAGUAGCCAUCAAACACAUUCCCAAGGACAAAAUCCCCAUCCAAGUGACGGAUGAAAACGGGAAGGAAGUCUCAGUGGAACUGGCCAUUUUGCUGAAGCUUGCAGCUGAAGCAGAUGGAUCAGUGGGAACGUCGGCUCCUGUGUCUCUGUUGGACUGGUUUGACUUUGGCACAGAGCUGAUCCUGGUGCAGGAGAGACCUGUCCCCGCUGUGGACCUGUUUGACUACAUAAGAGAAAAUGGAGGAUGUUUACCAGAAGGAAAGGCCAAGGUCAUUCUGAAGCAACUGGUUGAUGCAGCAAAGGACCUGGAGGAGAAACACAUCUUUCACCGGGACAUCAAGAGUGACAACAUUCUGAUUGAGACCGGCUCAGAUGUGCCUCGAGUUCGUAUCAUUGACUUUCGGACUGAGCUGCUUUGCUACGGAGCGAUCGCGGUUCCGCUUCUUCUAUGGUACACCUAUCCACAGCCCUCCCGAAUGUUACUGGGGCAAAAAAUACAGGCCUGGACCCACCACGGUGUGGCAAAUGGGAGUGGUGCUGUACGAAGCGCUUCAUGUGGGGGACUUUAAUAUCAUGACGUUCAUCGAAAACGAACUGAAAUUCAACGAGCAUCUGUCCCCACACUGCCGGAAUUUCUUGGAUGCGUGUUUAACCGAUGUCCCGGAGAAGCGCCCAACGCUGGGGGACCUCCAGCGUCACCCCUGGCUCAGAUAAACCCAUCUCUCACACACACACAUUUCAUAUAUUAUCAUAUAAGUGUGAUACAUGUGACCUAACUUUCUUUUUUUGUCUUUCUUUCAUUUUCUUUCU